AGAGACGUUCAAAUAAAAAAAAAAUGUAAUUUCGCUGCUACUGUACUAACCUUGAAACAAUGCCAUAUUACAGAGUAUUUUGUACUUUUUGUUCUGUUCGACUCGGCGCUAUUAUUGUUGGAAUUAUUUCAUUCAUUGAAAUAGCGAUUUAUACAAUAAUCAUAAGUACAAAGGGAUCCGAUUUUUUCAUCACAAUCGCCAAAUGUGCAGAGGAUUACAUCAGAGACAAUGGUCUGGACGCAGGUUACUUGUCGUAUCCCAGAUAUUUGGAAACAAACAAGGACACGUUGUUCACCGUGUUUAUCAGCUUUCACGGCGUCCAUUUGGUUACGUGUGUAGUGGACAUAAUCGGAGCAUUUCUACUAAAUCAAUGGUUGCUAUUGCCAUACAUACUUCUGGAAAUGACUCGACUAUUCGUUGCGUCGGCAACCUUUUGCAUAUUUAUGAUUGUCAUAAAAAAAGCAAUUAAUCUGGGCUACUUGAUCACUUACUGGGUUUCGGGAACAUUUGUAAUACUGCUUUUAGGCUAUUUGUGGGCCUGUGUUUUAAGCUUAUUUCAAGUGAUUUUCAUCGUGAAAUCAGAAAAAUACCGAUCGGUAUACGGUGAUGAUCCGUUGCACCCACUACAGGCGGCGAAUGCGAUCAAAUCAAUGAAAAACACCAAAGUGGAACGGGUAAAAAUUUUUCCAUCACCAAAUUUCAAAGACACCGAGAAAUUGAAGUCAUUGACUAAAUCAAACAAUUGUGACCAUCCAUUUGCCAUAAGCCGGUCACAACGCAUACGAAAUGAAUACAUGGAAAUGCGACGCAAUUAUCUGAACGAAACCAGCCUUGGACAUGGAUAAAAUGAUGUCAAUUUACUGGUGUUAUUAAAGCGACUGGUGCUUUGUCGAUGACUUUUUUCCAAUUCGAGUUACGUGUUUUGGGUUUUGCUUUCACCAUACACAGCUUAAUGUUGUGGGUUUUUUUCAGUGCAAUUAAAAAAAAACACAAAUAUUGAAAGCUUGCUCCUUGAACAGUGGUCGGAGUUAUGAAUAUACUCGACACGGUGAUAGUUGAACGUACGAAAUACGCAGUGAGAAAAAUUACUUGGAUUUUUCUGAUAAAAGUGAAUGAAUAGAAUCGAAUUUAUACAGCAAUGAAAAAAAAAAUCAUUUUUAUUUC